GGUGUAGGACCCGGGGAGGGUAGAGGACUCCCAGCGCCAUGGCCACAGCCGCCCGGGCCCGGGUCGCGCACUUGCUGAGGCAACUGCAACGCGCAGCGUGCCAGUGCCCAACUCAUUCUCAUACUUACUCCCAAGCCCCUGGACUUUCACCUUCUGGGAAAACAACAGAUUAUGCCUUUGAGAUGGCUGUUUCAAAUAUUAGAUAUGGGGCAGGAGUUACAAACGAAGUGGGAAUGGACCUACAAAACAUGGGUGCUAAAAAUGUGUGCUUGAUGACAGACAAGAACCUUUCCCAGCUCCCUCCUGUGCAAGUAGCUAUGGAUUCCCUAGUGAAGAAUGGCAUCCCCUUUACGGUUUAUGAUAAUGUGAGAGUGGAACCAACGGAUGCAAGCUUCAUGGAAGCUAUUGAGUUUGCCCAAAAGGGAGCUUUUGAUGCCUAUGUUGCUGUCGGUGGCGGCUCUACCAUGGACACCUGUAAGGCUGCUAAUCUGUAUGCAUCCAGCCCUCAUUCUGAUUUCCUAGAUUAUGUCAAUGCCCCCAUUGGCAAGGGAAAGCCUGUGUCUGUGCCUCUUAAGCCUCUGAUUGCAGUGCCAACUACCUCAGGAACCGGGAGUGAAACUACUGGGGUUGCCAUUUUUGACUAUGAACACUUGAAAGUAAAAACUGGCAUCGCUUCGAGAGCCAUCAAACCCACACUGGGACUGAUUGAUCCUCUGCACACCCUCCACAUGCCUGCCCGAGUGGUCGCCAACAGUGGCUUUGAUGUGCUUUGCCAUGCCCUGGAGUCAUACACUGCCCUGCCCUACCACCUGCGGAGCCCCUGCCCUUCAAAUCCCAUCACACGGCCUGCAUACCAGGGCAGCAACCCAAUCAGCGACAUUUGGGCUAUCCACGCGCUGCGGAUCGUGGCUAAGUAUCUGAAGAGGGCUGUCAGAAAUCCCGAUGAUCUUGAAGCAAGGUCUCAUAUGCACUUGGCAAGUGCUUUUGCUGGCAUUGGCUUUGGAAAUGCUGGUGUUCAUCUGUGCCAUGGAAUGUCUUACCCAAUUUCAGGUUUAGUGAAGACGUAUAAAGCAAAGGAUUACAAUGUGGAUCACCCACUGGUGCCCCAUGGCCUUUCUGUGGUGCUCACGUCCCCAGCGGUGUUCACUUUCACGGCCCAGAUGUUUCCAGAGCGACACCUGGAGACAGCAGAAAUACUGGGAGCUGAUACCCGCACUACCAGGAUCCAAGAUGCAGGGCUGGUGUUAGCAGACACGCUCCGCAAAUUCUUAUUUGAUCUGGAUGUUGAUGAUGGCCUAGCAGCCGUUGGUUACUCCAAAGCUGAUAUCCCCGCACUAGUGAAAGGGACGCUGCCCCAGGAAAGGGUCACCAAGCUUGCACCCCGUCCCCAGUCAGAAGAGGAUCUGGCUGCCCUGUUUGAAGCUUCAAUGAAACUGUAUUAGUUGUCAUUUUAACUGAAAGAAUUACCACUGGCCAUUGUAGUGCUGAGAGCAAGAGCUGAUUUAACUAGGGCUUUGUCUUUUCAUCUUUGGCAUAACUUAACUGUUACCAGUAUAGGUGGGAUAUAAAUUUAUCUUGCAAGAAAUUCCCCAAAGCUUAGAGUCCAGCUCCUUCCAUAAAACAGGCUGGACAAAUGACCACUAUGUUAGACCCCCAGGGUCGACUUCAGGGGUCAGUGUUCCUGUACCAAACCCCACACAGAAUACUCUGCCCCUGCUUCAUGAGCAAAUGAGCAAAAAUUCAAAAGUGUAAAUUAUAUUUCCUAUGCCUAGUAAUUCACUGCAUGUCUAGAAAUUUGUCUGAUAGGAACAUUAGCACCAGUACAUACAGAAGCAUGGCAAGGAUGUUUCUGGCAGCACUUUUCUAAUAAUAAAAUAUUUGAAACAA